AUAAGCCGGAGCCGGAGCAAUCAGGAAGGAGCGGCGGUUGGAAUGGAUGAGCGUUGAAGUGAUGGGAGGGGGCCGCGACGCUGCGUGACCGGUGAGCGGGGAAGAUGGUGGCGCUGAGGCUCGCGACGGGAGAGAGAUCUGGGCGAGGAGAAAUAAUGACAGCAUGAAUGGCUCUGAUUGAGAGUUUAUUUGGAAUGGAGAUUCUGAAUCUUGAAGGUUGCUCACAUGCCAGCCGUUCUUUUUCUUUCUGGCUCUCAUUCAUUCAUCUCCUUCCCCAAUCCCCAUUGCAAACCCCCAAUCUUGUUCCUUCUCCUGUGACCUAGAAUUUGAAAUUGCUCCAUAGGAGGAAGGAAUUUAAGGCCCUGUUUGGUUAUUUUCCAUGUCCUGGAAGAGCCAUGGGAAACGCUGAGUCUUCAGCUUCUUCAUCUCCAUGUGAGGGCUCCGGCGAUGCAGCUGAAGAAAACGGAGAUGUCGAGAUCAUUGACAUUGAACCCAAAUUGCUUUUUUGCACUUCCAUAUCUCUCACCGCGGAAGAGAUGCAAUGCUUAAAACUGGAGGAGGAUCAUACAAACAAAGGUCUUACUAGAGAAACUGAGGACAUAAAUUUGACAACAGAAGGUGUCGAGGAGCAUGAAAAGCAUGCCUUGGAAACUCUUGAAGAGGAGGACAACGAGGCAGAGUUUCUUGAGGAGGGAAUGACGCACAAGCUUUUGAGCGAAACUGAAAAAACGACUUCAAAGCAUGGAUUUUUGCCUCCAAUGCUUACUAACGCAGAUGGGAAAACACAUUCCCAGUGGUAUGGUUUUUUUAAGAAACUGAAAAAAGGUCCCGGGGUGAGCUUGCAAACAUUCCAUCCAGCUAUUCCCUCUCUAUACUCAUUUAGGAAGCAUUCCAAGAAAAGAAGUAGGAAAAACAUGGUGCCACCUCAAAUGGAUGCGGACAUAGUUCCUCAUUUCUUUGAGACUUCAUGGAAGAAUUUCUCCCUAUCAGAGCUUGAGAAAGCUACUGACAACUUUAACGAUGAAUAUUUGAUUGGGAAAGGAGGCUAUUCUGAAGUCUACAAGGGAAACUUGGAAGACGGGAGGCUAGUGGCAGUCAAAAGGCUGAUGAAGGGAAAUCCCGAGGAGAUGACAUCGGACUACUUAUCCGAGCUCGGAAUUUUGGUGCAUGUCAAUCAUCCCAACAUCGCCAAUGUCAUUGGGUAUGGAGUUGAAGGGGGAAUGUACCUUGUUUUGCCUUUGUCCCCUCAUGGGAGCUUAGCAAAUCUUCUUGACGGCAGUGAUCAGAAGGAGAAACUGCCUUGGUGCUUUAGGUAUAAUAUUUCUUUAGGGAUUGCUUCUGGCCUUGCGUAUCUUCACGAGGAGUGUCAUCGAAGAAUUAUACAUAGAGAUAUCAAGGCGUCUAAUGUUUUGCUGACAGAAGAUUUUGAACCUCAGAUAUCUGAUUUCGGGCUUGCGAAAUGGCUCCCUGAUAAGUGGAGUCACCUCACUGUAUCUCAGUUUGAAGGCACAUUUGGAUACCUUCCACCAGAGUUUUUCGUGCAUGGAAUUGUUGAUGAAAAAACUGACGUCUAUGCUUAUGGAGUAUUGCUGUUAGAGAUUAUCUCUGGUCGCCCGGCUCUUGACCAAUCUAAUAAUAGUGUGGUGAUGUGGGCUAAACCACUGCUGCUGAAGAAAAGUUAUGGGGAGUUGGCUGAUCCAGCACUAGGAGGUGCCUAUGAUUUGGAGCAGAUGAAUGACAUGGCUAUGGUUGCCUCUUUGUGCUUACAACAGUCUUCCGUGGACCGACCUCCCAUGAGCAAGGUUGAGAAAAUGCUCAAAGGUGAGGAAAGCAUUUCACAGGACAUCAAGAAGUUGCAAAACCGGCCAAGUCUCCGGACACGUCCAACAGAGCUCGACAUGCCAAAGAGUUCAAACAAUUCACCCAAAAGCUCAAACGAUACGCCAAAGAGUUCAAAAGGAUCGCCCAAAAGCUCAAACGAUACACCAAAGAUGUUAAACGAUUCACCCAAAAGCACAAGUGGUACACCAAAGAGUGUGCGCGUUGAUGCGGGCGAGAGAAACGAGUUCACCUUGGAACAAUGACAGACCUAUUCCAGAUCCUCACCAUGCAUAUUUGGCACCUGUUUGGGAAUCCCCCAAAACCAUAUAUUCCCAGAAUGUGAUUUUGGGUGAAAGUACAAAAGCUGCUAAAAAAAGCAGUUUUUUUCCUGGGUUUUGGAUCAUUGGGUCUGAGUGCAAUGCCGAUGCUCUGCGAAAAGCUCUUCUGCUUCAGCAUGGAGAAGAGAAUUCUUGACCAUCCAAACAGGGCAUGAGAUCAAAGUGAUUGUGAGAUGAUGUUUGGAGGUUUUUACAUUGUAAAGAACCCAUUGUAUCUAAUUGCAGCUUGCUGUUGUGUUAAUAAAACAGAUCACAGAUA